AUGACCGUCAGCGACCCCGUCCCGCUCGUCUCGGCCCUCGACGCCAUCUACUCGCCCGCGGGUGUGCUCAAGAACGGCAAGCGGUGGGACGACCUCGCAUCCCAGUUCAAGGCCCUCUUUGGCGGCGCCACGCCCGAUUUCAUCGCACGCGCACCCGGCCGCGUCAACCUCAUUGGCGAGCACAUCGACUACGUCGGCUUCAGCGUGUUCCCCGCCGCCAUCGAAAAGGACAUCCUCAUGGCCACCAAGGUCACCUACGCCGCCAGCGCCGGUGCCCAGGCCGACGGGGUCGAGGUCGUCCUCAAGAACACCACCCCGCGCUUCAAGGAGACCCGCUUCACCUCGAGGUACCAGGACACCAACAGCGUCGCGCUGCUCAACGAGGGAGACGAGCGGUGGGCAAACUACUUCAAGGUCGCCUUCAAGGGCCUCCACCCGCACCUGCCCUCCCACAUCCUCGCCGACACCAACGACCGGCGGCCCAGCAGGAUCGAGGUGCUCGUCGACGGCACCAUCCCCCCAGAGAGCAGCCUCAGCUCCAGCGCAGCGAUGACGACCUGCAGCAGCAUCGUCGUCCUCGAGGCGUUUGGCGCCAGGCAGCUCAUCGACCGCAAGGAGAUGGCCGAGGUGGCCAUCGAGAGCGAGCGCCUCGUCGGCGUAAACUCGGGUGGCAUGGACCAGUCGGCCUCGAUCUUCUCCAUCCCCAAUCACGCCCUCUUCAUCUCCUUCUACCCGACCCUCGCCGUCCAGCCCAUCCAGCUCCCGCCCUCGGAGCCCGACCACGUCUUUGUCAUCGCAAACACCCUCGUCGUGUCGGACAAGAAGGUCACGGGCCCCGUCAACUACAACCUCCGCGUCGUCGAGACGCGAAUGGCGGCGCGCGCGCUCGCAAAGUACCUCGGCCUCUCCGAAGCCAAGGCCGACGGCUGCAAGACGCUGCGCGGCGUCCAGGAGGCCUACUUUGCCCACGCCGAUAUCCAGACCGAGGCGGCCAACAGCGCCGAGGUGGCCGAGACGCUCGAGAGGUACGGCGCCGAGGCCGCCAGGCUCAAGAUCAUGGAGCUCAAGGUCGAGGCCGCGUUUGCGUCCAAGAGGGAGGGCCUGACGAGGCAGGAGGUCGAGGCGGCCACCGGAUACGCCGGGCCCGAGUUUGAGCAGGAGUUCCUCAGCAGCUUCCCGAUCCGAGCCGACACGUUUGCGCUCUACGCCCGCUCCAAGCACGUCUUCACCGAGGCGCUGCGGGUGCUCGUCUUCCAGUCGCUGUGCAGCUCGACGUCGUCGCUCUCGGCGGACAAGGGCGCCUCGGUCUACACGUCGCUCGGUUCGCUCAUGGACGGCUCGCAGGCCUCGCUGCGCGACCUGUACAACUGCAGCUGCCCCGAACUCGACGAGGUCAUCUCGAUCGCCAAGGCCAACGGCGCCCUCGGUUCGCGGCUGACGGGCGCCGGCUGGGGCGGCUGCACGGUCCACCUGGUCCCCAAGCCCAAGGUGCAGAGCUUUAUCCAGGCCAUCCGGACGGGCUACUACGCCAAGAAGUUCCCCGACCUCACCGAGGAACAGCUCCAGGACGCCUGCUUCGACACCCAGCCCGCCGGCGGCGCCUGCGUCUACAAGGUCUGA